CUAUGGGACAGGUGACUGAGCGGUGACUUUUAACUUGUACUGUCAAAAGACCUACCGUGAUAUUUGCAUUUUUUAGUUUUUGUUAGAGACGAUAUUCUGGUUUUGAAUAAACUAAGUUAACGUCGCCUUACUUUUGUGAAAAAAAGGCACUUCGUUAAUGACAAUGGCUUCGUUUAAAGUGAAAGUAAAAUGGGGCAAAGAAUCCUAUCCCGACAUUGAGGUGAACACGCAGGAAACUCCCAUGCUAUUUAAAGCUCAACUUUUCGCUUUAACUGGUGUACAACCGGAGAGACAGAAGGUUAUGCUUAAAGGUGUCACGCUGAAAGACGAGGAUUGGAGCAAUUUUAAGUUGAGAGAGGGUGCGACAAUUUUGUUAAUGGGCAGUAAAGAAGAAGAUGUUCCAAAAGAACCGGUAGAAAAAACCAUGUUUGUUGAGGACAUGAAUGAAAGCGAAUUGGCUACAGCUUUGGAGUUGCCACCCGGUCUACAUAACAUUAAUAAUACUUGUUACAUGAAUGCUACCGUGCAAUGUUUACGUACGGUUCCCGAACUAAGAGACGCACUUAAAGAAUUUAAAGGAGAUGUACAAAGAGAAGACGAAUCUCAGAUUGCGCAAUCGAUCACAGCCUCACUAAGAGAUCUCUAUACCAACAUGGACCAAGGUCGUACAAUCCCCCCAUUUUCGUUACUGCAAAUGUUACACAUAGCCUUUCCAAGAUUUGCUGAGACCAGCGAGCAGGGUGCCUUUCAGCAACAGGACGCGAACGAAUGUUGGACGGAGCUAGUGCGAGUUUUGCAGCAAAAAUUAUCCUCAAAGCAAACGGAAGCGCCACAAAUUGAAAAUUACAAGUCACUUAUAGAUCAAUAUUUCGGAGGGACCUUCGAGGUAGAGUGGAAGUGUGUGGAAUCAGAGGAGGAACCGCCCACAAAAACAAAAGAGCAAUUUUUGCAAAUAAGUUGUUUCAUAUCGCAAGACGUACGAUAUAUGCAUUCAGGUCUUCGAUCGAAAAUGCAAGAACAAAUUACAAAAAUGUCAACUUGUUUAGACAGGGACGCGGUUUAUACAAAAACGUCCAAAAUUAGUCGAUUACCCGCAUAUCUUACGAUACAAUUUGUUAGAUUUUAUUUUAAAGAAAAGGAAUCCAUUAACGCAAAAAUUUUGAAAGACGUCAAAUUUCCGUUGGAUUUUGAUGCGUACGAGCUUUGUUCCCCAGAGCUGCAAGAGAAGCUUACUCCCAUGCGCUUAAAGUUUAAGGAAUUGGAAGAUGCGCAAGUCGAGGCCGCGACCAAGGGAAACAGCAUAAAAAGUAAAGAUGGGAAAGCAAAGGAAACAGGAAAGGUUGUGCCAUACUGGUUUGACAAUGAUAUAGGAAGCAAUAAUAGCGGCUAUUACACGUUACAGGCAGUGUUGACUCAUAAAGGUCGCUCAUCUUCAAGCGGCCAUUACGUAGGCUGGGUUAGACAUGCUAAUAACAAUUGGUUUAAAUGUGACGACGAUUUUGUAUCUCCGGUAUCUUCCGAGGAUAUUUUGAAGUUAUCUGGAGGAGGUGAUUGGCAUUGUGCCUAUGUAUUGUUAUACGGCCCUAGAAUUCUUGAAUUACCCGUAGAAAAUAUGGAUACAGAAUAAAAUCAUUUGUGAUGUAUGAUUAUAAAAUACAGUUUUAUACAUUUUCUUUAAAAAGAAAAAAAUUCAAUUCCACGUUUA